AGCGCGGACUCCUUUCUCUUUCUUACGGCCUUUACCUCCUCCAGCCAUCUCAGUCAUGGCUUCAGUUUGGAUGAGAGCCGCGAAGGCCUCGUCGUACUCAAGGCUCUUACUUAGAGCCAGCAGGACUGGACUCGUCCUUCCUAGACAGGUCCAUCUUUCUGCUGUACGGUAUUUUCCUGCUGCUGCCGCCAGCACAAAAGUGGAGGAUGCAUUGAACCCCGUGGAGGAUGCAUCGAACCCUGUGGAGGGUGCAUCGGAGUUCGAUGCUCCCGUGGAAGUGGAAGAUGUGCCUUCGCCUUCGCCGUCCUAUGAAAAGGCGGAGAAGAAGACGGACAAAAAGCUAACCGAAAACCUUCACUCUGCCAUCGAAGGCGACCUACCUGAGUUCUCUUCGCUCAAGGGCAAAAUUUCUUACGACGUCCUCAAGGCCAUUACCACCACUCCCAUGAAGCUCACACACAUGAGUCCUGUGCAAGCAGCUGUCCUCCCCAUGCUUCCCGACCUCGUCAGACCGCCUACAACCGAAUCCGAAUCUGCCGAAGAAGACACCAAGAAAGGUCCUCGUGAUUUACUUGUCAAGGCAAGGACUGGUACUGGUAAAACUUUGGCUUUCCUCGUCCCGGCUAUCGAAUCUCGACUACGCGCCAUCGAAGCACACGCAAAACAAGCGGUUGCAGAUGCUGGUCUCAAAACGGAUAAACAACUGGAAGGUCGUGCCAGACGUCUUUUUUCUCGUCAAAAUGCCGGUGCUCUCAUCAUCACUCCUACUCGUGAAUUGGCUUCCCAGAUUGCUGAGGAAGCCAUUAAGCUUACCACUCACAACGACUUGGAAGUUCGUGUCUUCGUUGGUGGUGUAGGCAAACGGAAUCAAAUGCGAGAAUGGAUGAGAGGUAGACGGGAUAUUGUUGUCGGUACACCUGGUCGUAUUAGAGAUUUGCUCGAGAACGAACCAGAGGUAGCCCAGGGCUUGUCCAAGGCCAAGAUGCUUAUUCUCGACGAAGCGGAUACUCUGCUUGAGAUGGGUUUCCGUGAGGACAUCGAAGCCAUCACGAGUGCCUUGCCCGCCCCUCCAGAACGUCAGACAUUCCUUUUCUCUGCCACGGUUUCUCGCCCUAUUCAACAAGUCGCUCGUGCUACUCUUGACCGUAACCACGCCUUCAUCAACUGUGUCACGGAUGAUGCUCCGCCGGUUCACGCACAUGUUCCCCAGUAUCACACUGUUGUCCAGUCUGCGGAUAAGCAAAUUCCUCAUUUGCUCCGUCUCUUGGCCCACGACCAACUUAUCAACCCCGGCAAAUCCAAAUCCAUCGUCUUCCUUCCUACCACUAAGCUGACGCAACUGUUCUCCACAAUGUUGCGUGAGCUGGCAGAUGGUACCCUUCCCUUUGGACGUAACACCAGGGUCUACGAGAUGCACUCCAAGCGUACUCAAGAAACCCGUACUCGCACAUCGGAUCAGUUCCGCAAGGACAGGUCUCCUGCCUCCGUCCUCGUCACUUCCGACAUCUCUGCUCGUGGCAUCGACUACCCCGGCGUCACUCGUGUCAUCCAAGUCGGUAUUCCGGGAUCACCUGAGCAAUACGUUCAUCGUGUCGGUCGUACAGGUCGUGGUCUCGACACCACCGGCCGUGCUGAUUUGGUUCUCCUUCCUUGGGAAAUCGGUUUCGUCACAUGGCAAUUGACUGACAUUCCCUUGAAACCUCUCACUGCUGCUGAGCUCAAGAACCAAGUGACCGAAGCUAUUGCCGGACAUGACGAAAACGCCAAACGACCAUACGCUCCUGUCCACGAGAGACUUGAGGAGCGUGUCUCGCAACUGCUUCCUGAACUCGACGAAGAGGCUAUUCGUGAAUGUUUCAUGGCUGGUCUCGGAUACUACCUCAGCCGUUCAGGCGACCUCCGUGUCCAAAAGAACGUCAUUGUCAGCGGACUCAAGGACUGGACGACUGGGGCUCUGGGUCUUCCAACACCUCCCUACGUCUCUGAAACUUUCCUCGAACGGAUGGGUGCUCAGGACCAACGCAAGCGUCAAAAUCGCCAGCCCAGGGAACGUACCAACCGUUGGGAAGGUCGUGGUCGCCAGAGUACACGAGACGCGCCUAAGGAGCAUGAGCAUAGAUUCGGUGUGAAGGACCUCGAUCGGGGUGACUACCAAGAACGUAUUGGUGAACGACCUCCGAGACGAGAUGGCGAUACUCCCUUCGUUACCAAAAAGCGUUAUAACGACGAAGAGGGCGGCGGCGAGAGGCGAUCAUUUUCAAAGUAUGGUGGUGACCGUGAACGACGUUCGUCAAGAUAUGGUGAGGACAAGGGAGAGGACCGUCGUUCGUCGAGGUAUGGCGAGGAUAAGGGAGAAGACCGUCGUUCGUCGGGAUCCAGGUAUGGUGGCGACAAACGACCUUCCGACCGCGAGCGGUGGUAAAUCACCAUAUCACCCCAUCCAAGUCGAGGGUACGACCUAGUCGAGCUACCUUGACUUCAUUCACAUCGUCGAUUCCAGAGGUCAUCAUACUCAGGAUUCUUAGAGACGAAUAUCCCAGCGCUUUCUAUCUAGUAACAAAGUUCACUUCUUUGCGCUGCGCGAGGUUCGGUCCUAGGAGAGUUUUAUGGGGAUGUGUGAUGUAUAUUAUAUUCUGUAGGUGAUAGGUAGCAGCAUUAUACUUGCGCAUGUACGGGUCCCUUUAUGUCAUGCUUUAAUCUCUAUAGAUUCUACUUUUAAAACCCCCUCCUCAUGUGUAUACCUUCGUGUUUCUACCCCAACCAUAUACAAUAUGUCUACACAACAACGACAGCCAACGCAACAUGAUG